CCGCGCGGCGGCGGUGGCGGGGGGGCGCGCAGCCCCCGGUCUCCGGGCGUCCUUCUCCGGGCGGCAGUGACCGCCCCGCCGCCCGCCUGCCCCCGCCCGAACCUCCUCGCGGAUGGGGACGGGCGAGGGGAGCCGCCGCCUAAGCCCGAUCCAGACGCCGCUUCACCGGAGCGGCCCCAUGUCCUCCACCUCUCGCCGCGCAGCCCCGCAGCGCUCCCCGCCGUGAGAGCGGCGGACGCCCGGCUCCUCCCCGCAGUGUACAGCAGCUCUGAAGAAUUUACUGUAAUAGUUCUUUGACCUCAAAAUGAAGAAGAAAGCUACUGCAGAAGGAGAGGAAUCACUCUGCCUUUUAAUAAUGAUGGUCUACGGAGAGAAUUGAGGUUGCCACUUUUUGUAUAUCACGUGAAUUACGGCUGAAGAAAUAAUAAUGAACAUUGGGACACAAUAUAGAACUAUGAUAGCAACCGGAGGAGUCAUAACAGGACUGGCUGCCUUGAAAAGGCAAGACUCUGCCAGAUCUCAGCAACAUGUAAAUCUUGCCGCAGCACCAGCUUCUGAGGAGAAAAAACCAGCCAGACGCCGGCCCAGGGCAGAUGUAGUCAUUGUCAGGGGCAAAAUUCGACUCUAUUCUCCAUCAGGAUUCUUUCUUGUUUUGGGAGUGCUUAUUGCAUUCUUGGGAAUUGCAAUGGCCAUCCUUGGAUACUGGCCCCAAAAGGAGCAGCUUUUGGCAUCUGAAGAUAGCAUAUCAGUUAAUGAAACCCAGGUCCUAAGAAACCAAGGAAGCAUUUUACUUCGUUUCUUUGAGCAGCAUGUGCACUCAGAUAAGAUGAAGAUGUUGGGCCCUUUUACCAUGGGCAUUGGAAUCUUCAUUUUUAUUUGUGCAAAUGCCAUUCUACAUGAAAACCGUGACAAGGAAACAAAAAUCAUACACAUGAGAGACAUAUACUCCACUGUAAUAGACAUCCACACCUUGAGGAUCAAGGAACAAAAGCAGUUGAGUAGUGCCUUUGCUGGUUUGCUAGGGGAAGGAGAACUCAGGCACAGCGGGAGCUCAUGUGCAUCACGACUGGCUGCUAACACAGUCGCACCUUUCUCUGGCUUCAAGAGCAGUUUUAGAAUGGAUAGUUCUGCUGAAGAAGAUGAAAUUACUUUAAAUGAAGAUAGGACCACUGCUAGCCUACUGCCACCUCUGCUGACUGAGCAAUCUGGUUCAGUGUUUGGACUUUACCCUCAUUCUAGCAAGGCUUCAGAUGACAAAAACACUAGUUCUAUAAAGUGUGAAACGAAAUCCAUUGUAUCAUCUUCCAUUAGUGCUUUCACACUUCCAGUAAUUAAACUGAAUAACUGUGUUAUUGAUGAGCCCAGUAUAGACAACAUAACCGAGGAUUCGGAGAUCACGAGGAGUCGGUCCAGAAAUCUCUCGAUGGACUCUUUGGCCAUUCCAUUAACUGAUACCAAUGAAUCCUGCAAGCCGGCCAUGCUUCCACGACAUAAUUCAUUUGUGAACACUCAGCAUGACCAGUUCAAGUCUUCUAUGACCCUCGGACCAAGCACAGGAAAGCUUUUAUCCCCUGGUGCUGCCAGGAAACAGUUUGGUUCCAACACAUCUUUGCAUCUUCUGUCUUCACAUUCAAAGUCCCUGGAUUUGGACAGGGGUCCAUCUACACUCACUGUCCAAGCUGAACAAAGGAAACAUCCCAGCUGGCCCAGGCUGGAUCGGAGCAACAGUAAAGGAUAUAUGAAAUUAGAAAACAAAGAAGACCCAAUGGAUAGGCUACUUGUGCCACAAUCAGUGGCCAAAAAAGACUUUACCAAUAAAGAAAAGCUUCUUAUGAUAUCAAGAUCUCAUAAUAAUUUGAGUUUUGAACACGAUGAAUUUUUGAGUAACAGUUUAAAGCGGGGAACUUCAGAAACAAGGUUUUAAUAUUUAAAUUGGAAAUUACAAGAUAUCAUCCAGUAUUUUCUAAAAAAAAAACAACCAAACAACAAAAACAUUUUGACAAGUGUCUCCUUUUCAGUGAAAAUUGUACAAGCCUGGUUUUAACCAAAUGCUUAACAGCAUAUUAAAAUUGCCUUGUGCUAACAGAUCUUCAUCUUCAUAAGGCCAAGUUUUUGUCAUAGUAUCAUACAGUUGCAAUAUUGUACAUUAUCAGUGCUCAGAGAGUUUUGGUACAACUGUUCCAAAUUUUUUCCAACUCAUUUUUCCUUCUGUUCUGUAUAAGCAUGUUAGUUACUAUCAGUUUGACUCCAGAAGCCUGCAUUAGAAUAAAAGCUUAGUUUACUUAUAAGUUCUGUUUAUUUAAUGACUGCGAGAGACUAAAAAUUUUACUUAUGGUCUAGAAUGGGAAGUGAGCAGCAGUAUGUACUGGAAUUGUUAAAUUCAGGCCUUUAUCCUAGGUGUUGUCUUUCACAUAUGAUACAUCUCAGUAACUACAAUCUUGCCACUGUCAUUGUGAGAAACUUGUUUACAUAUUGAGGUGGGUGGUUAGAGAAGAGUGGGUACAAUUAAAAACAUUUUUGUGAAUUCGUUGUUAUUGAUCAAGUUGAAUACUAGUGUUGUGAAUUAUUUACUAUGCUUUGUACAAUAAUGUUUCUACAUACAUUAUAAUUCAAUCUAGUAAUUCCAGGAAAACAUAUUAAAAAAAUCUGAAAAUCCUUCUGGGGUUAGCUCUCUAAGGGACCUUGAUUGGCAGCAGUUUUAAAAUCGAACUAUUUGGAUUCAAUUAAAAUCAUAGGAACGUAAUGAUAACAUGAUUUUAAAAAUGUGAUAUAUAGUCAAAUGAUACUGUGAUGUAAUUCUGAAGAGAAGAAUGGGAAGUGAAUAUAUUGCCUCUCAAUAGCAAGAAGCUAAAUAACUAGGUCUCUAUGGUCAAAAUAGCUGAUACAAAGCAUACAUUUCAAUAUGCACACUAACAUAGUAUGAAAGCCCUUGCCUGAAUUUUUCUUUAUAUAUUUCACAUAAUUAUUGGUAUGGUGGAUCACUGAAAGCUUAGCUUACAAGAUUUUGCAGAAGUUUGUGACAUGUAGAACAAUACUUUUCUCCUCAGAUCAAACUUCUCAGUUGGCAGUUGUAGGCUGUUUAUAAAGAAAAUGAGAAUUUGAGUGUGUAUACCAGAAUGUUUUAUUUCAUUAAGGUACCUAGGCCUUAAUCCUGCCAUGACUGACAUGAUAGAGAAUGUCGCUUUGGGUUGCAAGGCUCACUUAGCAGGAUGUUGGUCUUAAUUGGUCAUUUUGGAUAUAUUCACUUAACCUAAAUGCUCAGGAAUUAUUUAAAAUGGCUUUUCCCAAAAAGAAUCAGAUGUGAAAAUGUUGUUGUACUUCAGUUGAUUAUGAAAGAUCAAAGACAGAAAUACUCUUUUUUUAAAAAUAUUCAGCUCCAAGUUUCAACUGCGCAACGUUUAUGUAUCAAGAGCACUACUUGCUCAGUGAAUUGAGGCAUAGUGUUAACUAUUAGAACCUCAAGCCUAUAUAUUGUAAUAAAGUUGGCGAAAUAUUUUGCAAUGAAGCUUUUAAUAACUUUAUGGUUUGUGUUCUUAAGACAUUUGCUAUUUUUUGAAACAAAAAUAAAAUGUGUAUCUACAUAUCUGAUGUAAGACAUUUUUUCCUCAAUAAUCUCAGUUCUUCAAUAUUGAAGUAUAAUCAGGUAAGAUAAUACUGUAAAUAAUAUUAUGCUAAAUAUAUUAGCCUGCCACUAGAUAUUUGACUAUGACUAAUGUCAGCGAUACCUCUACAUGUGUAGAAGCUGAAUUUACUGUUCUUCUGGUAUUUAUUUAUUUAAUGUAGUAUGAAUUUUUUUCCAAAUGCUUUUGAUAUAAGGAAAUUUUGUAUUAAAAGAACAUCCCGUUCUUUUUAGUUUAGCAGUAAGGAAGCUUAGAAAAAUGGAAACUACUAUUGAACAGACGGAAACGAUGUAAACUUUUAUUUCAUGAAUAGCUAAAUUAAGUUGUAGUUUAAAUGACUGGUUUUGCUCACUUUUUUACGUGAGAAGAGUUGUCCUUUUUGUAGGUAUAUCAGAACAUGGGCUUUUAAUUAUUACAUAAAUGCCCGGUAUUGAGAAACUGACUGACUUCAGAGAAAAUUACCAGCUCAGAAAAACCAAGGUACAGUGACUGACUUAAGUUAGCAAGAAAUUGAAAUAGCAAAUACAAAGAAGUUGUGUGAUAGACAAACUGAAAGAUUCCCAAACUACCCUAAAAUUGAACAUUUCAUUUAGAUAAUGGCAUAUACAAAAGUUCCAGAAAUGAUCCCAUCUAUUAAAUAUUAAGUAUACAUGAUAACUCUUCAAAGUAAUGAAAAACCCUGUUUUGCUGGGUGUUCAGAUCCCAGACUUUAAAGAUGUGUGCCAAAUCAUUCAUAAGGCAUAAAGUCUAAAGUGCUAAGCCUGAUGAGAGGUAUGUUUUUAAAAAGUUGUCCAGGACUCUAUUUCUGCCCAAAUACACUAACCACAAGGGUAGGCAUCAGACUGGAAAUGAAGGGCACUGCAUCUUUCUAUAUUCUUUGGAUGGUUCUGACUUAUUAUCUAAUUGGAAGAACCUGUAGACAUUCAACAGGUGUGGUCAUCCUCAUAUGUAGAGGUCAUAAACCUUAGAGAGGUGCACCGGUCUGAACUCUCUGUAGCUCAGAUGGCAAGUAAGGACCCUGGUGAAGACAGGAACGUGUCCUAAAUCUUGUUAUCUUUAGAGCAUAAAUGUCAUAUUCACUCUCUUGCUGAUUCAGUUCACAGACUUCUUUAUGGAUGUAGAUUAUUUCUGUUAUUGAUGCUCUGUGCAGCCCCACAGUGACAGGACAACAGCAGGGUGAAAAAGAGUUUCCUGGAUUGCUGUAGUCUUAGGUUCCUGCAGACAUGUUUGUUCUUUCUAGGAGUGUUUCCAUGGUCCUUUUUGGGAAAUUCUGCCUUUAUCUUGCCAGCACUACCUUUAUUGGUUGUUUUUUAUUUUCAUGCCAAAUGUAAUAUUAUCACGAACGAUCAGAAAUACUUUAACAAGACUGUGUGCAUGCAUAUGUGAAAAUGUAAAUUGUGUAAGUGGUCUGUUGUAGUACAGGAGUGCUUCAAUUAGUAUGACUUAGCUAUUCGUGGGCAAAUUCAUGCCCUUUGUCAAACUGUUUCGAAUGAAAAUGGGGAGAAAAUUAGCUGCAGUUAUCACAGCUAUCACAUGUUAAACGUUCAGUUGACAAUUAUUAAUACUUUCAUCAAUGUUCCCAAUGUGACAGUGCUGAGUUAGGUUUCAGGACUCAGUGUUUUGAAUUAUCCUUGCUGGAGUACUUUCUACAUUCAGCAAAUCCAAGCCAGUAAGAUUUAUCUCAAUGACAGCAGAAUUGCAACCCGAAGUGUCAUAAAGAGUGGAAAUUUGAUGUUGCUUUUAUUUUACAGAGGUUUGCUGAUAUCAUUAAAAUAUUGGAACAUAUUGAAUGGAAAGCAGUAUAUCUAUUUGUCGUUAGUUCCAAUUCUGGCAGUUGAUGCUUCAGUGCAGAGUAUAGAGUCAUUUUAAGUUGACCAUAGGAAGAAACAUUAAACUAUUGAUACUUAUCAGUUUUUAUUUCAGCUAGUGUAAUUAUUUAGGGUAACAUUCCUGGUAAUAGCUAAACCAUUUCUGAAUCUAAUGGAAACCUUCAUUUUCUAAUGCAGUGUUUUUGUAAACUAUUGAAGCAGUUAAAUUAUCAGCUGCCAAUAAAUACGCUUUCUUUGUCAUUCUGAA